AUUUUUCUUGGUGGCUCUCAAAACUAUUCUUCUAAGAAAUUUCAGCAUCCAGAAAAUAAGUCAGGCCACUCUUCUCCUGCCGUUGAAUGUUGUGAAUGCAAUAAAAGAAAAUAUCAUUCUUUCUGUGUUUGAAGGAUGAAGUCUUUUGGUUGCUUUUCAGUUCUGUUAUUCAUGGCUGGAACAGCUUUCACAUGCAAGCUUUCACAUUCCACCAUUGGAACUUUCUUUUUAAUUCCAGGUGCUAUGGCCUUACCAUUGCAGGGGAAUAACAUUAUGGACACAACCAUUGACAUGAAGAUGAAGGGUUCAAGAAACGUAAGAAGUCGUAAUGAUCAGGAUGGAGACAUAAUGCAUAUGGAAGACUAUGGUCCAAUGGAUCCAGUACCAAGUUCAUCAAAAGCAUCAGUAAAACCAGGACCGAUUCAACACGGCGCACCUCUCUUGCCUUAUAUUCCUAGUCCAUCCCCGCCACCAGGUGGUUCGGGAAAUGUUGAUCAUCCUUAGCUCUAACAUGCAUGACAUAUCUGCCUUUGUAAUGUUGUUGGGCAGGCCUUAUGAAAACCCUCAUGUAUUCAUUCACUACAUAUAUUUAUUGGACCACGCUUUUGUUAAUCCAUAGCUGUGCUAUUUGAUUUGUUAAUUGAAGACUUGCAGCAUUCCAUGUUUCCAU